AUGGGUGUCGAAUUUAACAAUACGUUUUUCGAUCUGUUCGGUGGAGAACAUUUGGUAGAUAUUGAGGAUUUCAAUCCUCAGGAGACAACUCGUGGCCAAGAAAACAACAUCUUUCAUGCUGCCGUAAAAUGCCGAGUUAAUCCACAAAGUGUGCUUGUGCAGGAGUUGCUAAAAGAAUACUCGCUACUUGCCUAUCAGCCAAACAAUAAAGGCGACAGGCCGCUACAUAUGGCGGCCAGGUUAGGGCACGAGAGUUUUGCUUUGGUUCUGAUAGAUCAUGCAAGGGCAUUAGCACCAGCACCAGGACCAGCAGCCCAUAACAACGACUAUAGAGAUCUUCUGAGAAAGGUUAAUGUGAAGGAAAACACAGCACUUCAUGAGGCUGUGCGCAAUGGUUACUUAAAAAUUGCAGGGCGGCUGAUCGAAGAAGACUCAACAUUGACAUGUUCUGAGAAUAAGGCUGGGGAAUCUCCUCUCUUUCUGGCUGUAGAUGGACAAUUUUAUGAUAUUGCUUCCACCAUUUUGGACGCUAAUCCCGAUUGCUCUUUGUCAGGAAGGAAGGGCAUGACUGCUAUGCAUGCUGCUGUCCUUCGUUUGCGGCAUCCAGCCCCUUAUGGAAUUGUUAGAAAGAUUUUACAGAGACGUGGAUCCCAAAUUUUAGAAGAAGCAGAUGACAAUGGAUGGAUGCCUCAUCACUAUGCUGCAAACAUGGGACAUUCAAGAACCGUUAGACUAUUUUUGGAAGCCAAAAGAUGUGUAGCUUAUAUCAAAGAUAAAGAUGGUAUGACCGCCCUUCACAUUUUGGCAAGGAACGGACAUACCAACGUAAUCGAAACAUUGAUGGCAGAAUGUUCAGAUAUUGGUGAGUUGUUGGACAAUAAAGACCGGACUGCACUUCAUACAGCUGUUGAACACAACCAGGCUUUUGUGGUGAGGACUUUAUUACACGACAGAGCUUUCAUUGAUCUUAUAAAGGAGCAAGACAAUGAGGGAAAUACAGCUCUACAUGUGGCUGCUAUGCUUGGUUAUUGUGAAAUCAUUUUACGUUUGGCAAGUAAUCGAAAGACCGACAAGAGAAUCCUCAAUGAGAAGGGGAUGACCGCUUUUGACAUUAUUGGCAGAUCAAAACUACUUGCUUCUGGUCAAAAGAUGGGUCAUGGAGGAGAAUCAUUUGAUGACUCCAUGCCAUUGACGGAAUUCUGUGAUUACUUCACUGUCAACUGCAAUUCGUUGUCGGAGACAAUCUUCCUCGGGAGCCCAUACCGGCAAACGAUGUUUUUAAUGAUGAAAUCCAAGGCAUUUUUGGAGGAUAUGAUGAGUUUGAAAAUGAUUAUGGAAGGCCCUCUUCUAAGUUUACAAGAAGCUGCGGUGGUGAGUAUUAAAACAUCUAAAGAAACCCAAUUACUAAUUACUCAACCUCGACCAAAAGAAGAGAAUAAUAAUCGAGAUGUAAUGCACAUGGAAAACAUACACUUAGUGGUGUCAACACUGAUCGCAAGUGUAACAUUUCAAGCAGCCAUUAGCAUGCCCGGGGCUGGAAAAUUCGACAGUAGUUCAAGCAGCAUGGAAGCUUUCAAAUUCUUCAUGAUAUUCAAUUCGCUGGCUUUCGGUUGCUCGGCGGUCUCUAUGCUUAUCCGAUUUGCAGUUGAGAUUCUUUCCAUGUUGCUGGGAUUUGGAAAUGCAACUAUUUAUCCUCCUACCGAAUUGACGAUGUUUUUAACUAUAGUCUCCACUAUCUCAUAUGUGUUGGCCUUUACCAUGGGUACAAAAGCACUGUUACACGAGAAGAAAUCUGUGCUUAUUAUUAGUGGGACUAAUAAUAAGAUUUGGGAUCCAAAUCUUCCGGGCAAUAUUGCAAUUAUUGCAUUUUUUGUCACUAUCGUUUAUGUCUGCAUGGUUCCAUUUCUAAGAACUAUUCAGGAUUUUCUCACUUGGUUUACAGAUUGUUCAGCAAAAAUCGAAAGGGCGAUUAUAAAAUUUACGGCAGAAUUAGUUGUCAAAUUAACAUUGCUCUUUUUGAAUUAA